AGAUGGAAACAAUGUUGCCAUUUUUAACUUUGCUGUUUGGAGAAACACACACGCUCAUCUUGUGGACAUGCAUACUUAGCGCCUAUCGCUUAUUGCAGAGUACAUAUUUGACAGUACAUAUUAGUUCUCCUGAACUGUAACAACUCUUCUGCUCAGGUCGGCUCGUGUCUAUAUCGAGAAGGAUGUCGACAGUCUUCUCCUUUCAGUCACAGCUCGUCUCCAUCAUGGAUGCAUUAUCAAAAACAGCUGUACUGGAAAUAAGCAAACUGGUGGAGAUCGAGUCAAAGAUGCUGAAAAUAGAGAUAACUCGAGGACGGAACGAAAUCGCUUCGCUCACAGAGAAACUGCAGCUGAUGGAGAAUUUGCUGUACAUUGCACAAGGGCGCAGGCAGGACGCAGCGGGACGUUCAGUAGCAGCCAGGUUGAGGGACGGCUCAGAAAAUAGUAGUGGAAGACUGGACCCUAACAGGACUGGACCUAUAAUAAAACGUGAAAGUCCAUGGGAAAGCAUAAGUGCCUCCACUGAGAUGAGUAGUUUGUGUCAAGGUGAAGAGCAUCCUGCGGUCGAACAGCUCACAAACCCAGUGAAGGAACAGCCUGAACUGAUAGUGGUAAAGGAGGAGCCACCGGAGACAACGGACAAUGGGGACAACGGGACGGAGCGAGACAGGACAAGUGAAAAGAGAGGUGAAGCAGUCACAGAUGCCCAGAAGAGGAGUUCAGAUGUGAUUCAGUGUUCCAAAUCCAUCUUAGACCAAAAACAACCCGUGUUUACUGAGAGCUUUGUGACCUCCAACACUCAGUCAUCUAUAGCUGGACCAGGAAGGCAGGAAGCUCAGUGGAAUCCACCUGCACACUCAGAGUUCCCGGGUGCACAGCUUCCUCCUGCACACACAAACCUAGAAGUGGGGAAGAGCUUGGGUCGAAAUGUCGCCUCCCAAAGCUUAAGUGUGGCAAAAAAUAUGAAGAUUCACAGCUUGAGGAACUCGGCUGCUAAGAGAUUUGGCUGCUUGCAGUGCGGCAAGAGCUUCAGAUGUUUCAGCCAGCUUGAAAUACACCAGCGAAGUCACACAGGAGAGAAGCCGUUUAGGUGUACGCUGUGCGGAAAGCGAUAUGCACAGAAAGGGCAUCUGUACACACACCAGCGUACACACACUGGGGAGAAGCCAUACCGCUGUCCUAUUUGUGGAAAGGGCUUUAUUCAGAAAUGCACUCUCGAUAUGCAUCAGCGUACACACACCGGAGAGAAACCUUUCGUUUGUGUCGAAUGUGGAAAAGGAUUCACAAAGAACUGUAAUCUAAAAAAACACCUGGCAGUACAUAUAGAUCCUAGCGUGCACAUGUAUGGUAGUGAAUCUAGAGCACCUAUAUUUAGUGGGACAGCCAGACAUGGAACCACGUCAAACAUUGUUGUUGGCCAAAUGUAAUUUCUUCAGUCGCUGAAAUACUGUUUUAUGCACAAUAAAGCUAUCUAUGUUUCAGAUUUGAGUAGUAGAGAGAAAGGUGUGUAACAUGCUUUUAUUUCUGUGCUCUACUGGGAUGAAAAAAGCAACAUCUGGAUCUGCUGCUCUGGAGCUAUGCUGUCAAUCAAGUGAAUAUCCUGCUGCAUGCAUUAACAUCUUCCAAUACUCACAAUUCCUGUUACACACUGUCAAAAACUGAUAACCCAUCCUCUAAUGUCAUAAAUAUACAACACUUGAAUGAUGGGGGGCAAUUCAGCAUUUUUUCAUGAUUUAGCUUUCUAAUUUAUUCAGUCAAACAUCAGAGGUUUACUCAGCUCAUUUUGAUCAGUUACCUGCAGUGUGUUGUGCAAACAAAACAGGUUUACAGUGAUCCGUGAACUGGAACCAAAAUGUCGAUCAGGUUUGAAAGCUUCACAGAUGUAGCCGUGUUCAGCGGCUCAGAGCCCUGCAUGUA